GACUUCUUUAUUAAUAAAGACAGGAACUAUUGCCAAAUGGCAAGUGAAAACUAUUAAUAGUAGUUGUAUUAUUUGACCCUCCAAAAAAACAACAUUAAAUCCUUUUUAUAUGGUUAACGUAACAUAAUAUAAUAUCACUAACGAAACAUAAAAACUUUAACAAAUUGGAAGGACUUACAUUGUGAUUUCAAUGGAUAUUUUUGUGAGUUUUGUUGUGUUUAUAGUUUCAAUGUUAUCUGUCGAAUCUACUAUACAUAUGAAAUCCAUCAAGUUGAGUGAAAAUGUUAUUUACGACUGCGUGGAUAUUUAUAAGCAACCAUCUCUUAGUCAUCCAUUGCUCAAACAUCAUAAUAUUCAGAUGAAACCAACCGGAUGGGAUUCUCAAUCAGAGAAUAAAUUCGCAGACAGAAAACACAAAAACAAAAUAGAAUGUCCAAAUGGAACCGUUCCUAUUUUAAGAACUAAGAAAAAACAUGUCAUACAAUCUCAAGGAUACCCCAUCAAUAAUUUUACCGUUCUUACAGCUAAAUAUCCAGGUACCCAUAUUGCGGGAAUGAAGAUAGUAGGAAAACAUAAUUACAGAGGCGUAGAAGCAGGGCUAAGGACUUAUAACUUGAUAAUUGAUAAAAAUCAAAGUACAAGUGCUCAAGCUUAUGUAGCCACUGCCUCCAAUGAUGAUGCCAAUUCUAUUCAAGUUGGAUGGAUGAUCAAUGAACAACUAUUUGCGUUUGCCGCAACUACUUGCGUUUGCCGCAGCGUUACGCCGCAGCUACUUGCGUCAACCAAACGAACAUUCAUCUAUGCGGCGACGAAACGAACAGCCUAAAUAUUUGAGAAUCUUAGUAAGAGU